AGGUAGGAGGCGUGUCAGUGGCGUAACCCAAAAUAAUGGCGACUGAUGAAUGCAAUUAAGCCUUUUGUGCUCAGUUUCUCUGUCUUUUUACUAAUACCGAGUUGGAUAAAUAAAGAAACGAUAACAGAGUAAAAUAAACUGCAACAUCGUAGUUGAAUUCUUAAUUUCGAACCCUGAUAUGAUUGUUUAUUAAAUACGUACAAUAACAUUAUAACAUGUCUGUGAAAGCUUUCGAGCUAGUUUCCGCUUUGGAGCGGAUCAAAUUGAUGUCAGACAAAGCCAAGACCCAGAUUGAAUGCAUUGAAGUCUGUGGAAAAAAUCUAUAUAUUGGUACAAGUGAUUGCUUCAUCAUUCAUUACAUCCUCCAAGAAUCUACUGCAUCAUCAAGUGGCAAAGUGCUUUUCUCGAGUGAGAAACAACAGCAUAAGUACCUUGGAGUGAAAAAACCAAUUGCACAACUGAAAGCAGCUUCUGCCCUCAACAGGAUCUUGGUUCUUUGCGAUAAUGUCCUCACCUUAUUGAACAUGUUCAAUUUGGAGCCAAUCACCAGUGGAGCCAAGGUGAAGGGUGUCACAUCAUUUUGUUUGAAUGAAAAUCCAACAUGUAGUAAUCCAUUCAGUGUUGAGAUCUGUGUUUCACUGAAGAAAAAACAAGUCCAGGUUUAUACUGUCACAGAGGACCGCAUCAUGCAUGUAAAAGAUGUCAGCUUGAACGAUCAAGUUACAACUUUGGGUUUGGAUGGUUGUCACAUUUGUGCUGCUAUGACUAACCAAUACUGUAUGAUCAACUACAAAACUGGGGACAUCCAAGAUUUAUUUCCUUAUAAUAAUGAACACACAAAAGCUAUUGUGAAGCGGAUCGGUAAGGGUGAUUUCCUCCUUGGUGGCCCCAGUUCUCUCGGGAUGUUUGUAACCUCAGAUGGGAUUUCGCAAAGACCGCCAUUACAAUGGUCACAUGACUUAGUGAGUGUCGGUUAUGUCCAUCCAUAUAUUGUUGCUCUUAACAGCGAAUUUAUUACUGUCCACAGUAUUCUUGACCAACAGCAGAAACAAGCCAUACCGUUCCAAGGUGGGUGUUUGCUGGGAGAUUUUGAUGGACGAAUUUUUGUGUCUUCUAGUAAGGAGAUCUAUGCCUUGGUACCAGUAGCUUGGGAAAAACAGAUCCAAGCACUGCUUGCAGACAAAAGAGUUACAGAAGCUUUGGAUUUAGCCAAGAAUUCAAACCGAACUGGUGUCAGUAAAGAAAAAUUUCUCAAGAUGCUCAGUCGCAUUCAGCAGCAAGCAGCUUUUAUUGAAUUUUCCUUGGGACAUUUUAGCGAGGCUCAUGAAUUAUUUCGAAGCGGCGGAGUUGAUGUUAAAGAGCUAAUCAGUUUGUAUCCGCGAAUGCUGAUGUCAUCCUGUCAGUUCACACGGUCUGUGCCACCACUUCAUGACAUUGCCGAUGUCAAUCAGUUGACGAAAGGGGACAACUCGAAACUAACUGAGUACAAAGAGUUUCUACAGCUCUACCUGGAAGAGAUCAAACACAUGCCAGUUGCAUCUGGCAACGAACAGGUCAUUGAUACUGCCUUAGUAAAACUCUACUCUGAGAAUAAGAAUGGAGAUCUGCUAACCCUCGUUGCCAUUGACCCCAAGUGUGAAUUAGCUGACAGUGCUGAGUGGUUAGAGAAAUACCAUUGCUACCACCCACUUGCCAUGCUCUACUACUCCCAUAGGGACUAUGACAAAGCUCUGCAGACAUGGAUGAGAUUAAUUAGUGGUGAACUUAAUGACGACACCUUCCCUGGUUUGGAUUUCGUUGUGGAAAUUUUGGCUAAUCUAAACGAACACAGUUUAGUGUGGAAAUAUGUGGAAAGAAUUCUACAGAUUGAUCAAGAGAUGGGAGUUAAGGUUUUCACAGAACGGUCUGCAAGUGAAGAGGAAUCUGAUAAGAUGGCACCUGAUACCAUUGUUGAUUUUUUACAUAGUUUUCCCUUGGCUGUUGUUUUUUACCUUGAGUUUCUAGUCUUUCAGAAAAAACUUCAGAGAGAGAAAUACCACACUCACUUAGCUGUCUUGUAUUUAGACCACGUAUUGAAACUGCAAAAGGACAGUACAACUCCAAGCGAAACGAUAGACAUAGCUAGGUCAAAGUUAAGACAUCUGCUCCAGGUAUCCGAUCUCUAUAGAGUGCAACUUAUCCUAGGCAAAGCUAGAGAAAUGAAUAUGCAUGCUGAGUGUGCAAUCCUCUACGGUAAGCUGGAAGAACAUGAUAAAGCCUUAAAGAUAUUAGUUCACAAACUGAAGGAUUAUGGUGCUGCUGAGAAUUAUUGCCUGGUCAAUGCCAAAGAUGCUGUCUACAAGAGGAAACUCUUCCACAUUCUACUUAGUGUUUACCUUGAUCCUAGCUAUGAGAGACGAGACAUCCUUAUUCCGCCCGCAAUUGCUCUUUUAAACAGCAAUGUUGCUGAGUUUGAUUCUAUAAAGGUUUUACAACUGUUACCUGAACACUGGUCUGUCAGUAUCCUCUCUCACUUUCUGUCACGGUCCAUUCGACGCAGCAUUAACAACUCACGGACAAAGAAUAUCGAACGUAUGCUUGCUCGCUGUGAGAACUUGUCUGUGAAGCACGGUGUUAUUAGUUUGCAAAAGGAACCAAUCAUAAUGACGGACGACAGGCUGUGUGCAGUUUGCAAACGUUCCUUCUCAGAUUCGACAUUCUUGCGUUAUCCAAAUGGAAUCAUCUCACACAUCCAUUGUGCUAAAAACCCAAAUAUUUGUCCAGUCACUGGCAAACUGUUCAGUUUGAAGAAAUCUUGACCGACUGUAUCAUUAUUAAUGUGAUCAAAUCUCUAAAAUACUUCUUAUGAAACCACACAAUCAAUGGCUGGUAAAUUUCUUCUACAUGGUCUGCAUAACAGGAUACCGGGAUACCAUUACAGGAGAGAGUCAUAAACAAAGAGAGAGAGAGAGAGAAAGCGGGAGAUGGAAGCUUUCCAAAGAUAAAAAAGCCUUGUUAAUUUAAAUAAUUUUAAAAAUAUAUGAUGAAUAAAUCUUUGUGUUCUUUUUG